UCCACUGUUUUGUUUUGACCCCCGCGUGCAGGUUAUGGUGAGCCUCCCAGCGUCCCGUCUCCUCAAGAGGCCAGCAUUUUAAAAGGAGACCCAUGCUGAUAAAUGCCAGGCCUCGCCACGCUUUCUGUCGUCUGCACGAACACAAAUGCCUGCCUGCCCGCCCGCGGGGGAGGUCUGAUUAGAGAUAUCCACAUUUCAUUCACUGGGCUGUGUCACCCACCUCGGCAGCCACCAUGUUUUGGAAGUUCGACCUGCACACCACCUCCCACAUCGACCAGCUGCUGGACCGGGAGGACGUGACGCUGCGCGAGCUGAUGGAGGAGGACGACGUGCUGCAGGAGUGCAAGGCCCAGAACCGCCGCCUGCUGCUCUUCCUUUCCCAGGACCACUGCAUGCAGGAGCUGGUGGGCCUCAUCACCACCGAGCCGCCGGCAGACCUCGAAGAGAGGAGCCGCUUUAAGCUUCCCAACAUCGCCUGCGAGCUCCUGACCUCCGACGUGUCCAUCAUCAACGAUAAGCUGGGCGGAGAAGAAUCUCUCCUGGAGAUGCUGUACCACUUCCUGGAGCAGGACCCGCCCCUCAACCCGCUGCUCGCCAGCUUCUUCAGCAAAACCAUCGGCAAUCUCAUCGCCCGGAAAACCGAAGAGGUGAUCACCUUUCUCAAGAAAAAGGAAGGCUUCAUUGGUCUGGUGCUGAAACACAUCGACGCGUCCGCCAUGAUGGACUUGCUGCUUCGCCUCAUCAGCUGCGUGGAGCCUGCCCUCUUGAGGCAGGAGGUUCUCCAUUGGCUGAAUGAAGAGAAGCUCGUUCAAAGACUCAUCGAGCUCAUCCAUACCGGGAAAGAUGAGGAGAGACAAUCAAACGCGUCGCAAACGCUUUGUGACAUAAUUCGCCUUAGCCGAGACCAGGCCAAUCAGAUGCAGGAGAACACGGAGGCCGACCCACUAUUGGCUGUGCUCGAGUCACAAGAAACUGUAGCAGGACUCCUCAAGAACAUGUUUGAGGGGGAGAGGAACGAGGCUUCCAUCGUGAACGGAACUCAAGUGCUACUUACCUUACUAGAGACCAGGAGGUCUGGGUUGGAAGGGCUCAUGGAUCUGUAUUCUCAGGGUUAUGAAAGGUCUUACACUGUCAACAGCAGUAUUUUAAAUGCCAUUGAGCCCCAUUUGAAAGAUUUCCAGCAGCUUCUUCUGGAUCCCCCAAAGAAAGGUGCAAUACUGACCACCGUUGGCGUUCUAGAUCAGCCGCUGGGGAACGCCCGCCUUCACGUGGCCCGACUGGUGGCUGCCCUCCUGCAGACCACUUCCCCCAGUAUCUGUCAGGAGCUGUGCGACCUCGGCACCAUGGACCUACUACUGGAUCUGUUCUUCAAAUACUCGUGGAAUAACUUUUUGCACUUCCAAGUGGAGCUCUGCGUAGCGGCCAUCCUGAACCACCCUUCCUCGGAGGAGCGGGCCAACCCGCCGGGCCUCCAGAACCAAAACGGGCAGCAGCAGCAGGCGGCGGCACUGGCCGCCGAAACUCACGUGGAGGCGGUGGAGUCGGGCGGGACCAGUGACCCACAGACCUCCCUCCACAACACCCUUGUGGCACAUCUUUUCCAGAAGUGUCGAUUGGUACAAAAGAUCCUUGAUGCCUGGGAGGAGAACGAUAAAAUACAAGCUGAGGGUGGCACCAGGAGAGGUAACAUGGGCCACCUGACCAGAAUCUCCAACAUGGUGGUCCAGAACCUGGAGAAGGGGCCGGUCCAGGCCCAGAUCGCUGACCUCAUCAAAGUUUCUUACCAUGCAGAGCUGCCGGAGGACUGCAGAGGUCGCUGGGAGAGCUUUGUGGACGAGACGCUGCGAGAGACGAACAGAAGGAACACGGUAGAGCUGGUCAGCACGCACAACAUGCACUCGUCCAGCGAGGACGACGACAUGGAGAGCCCCUUCCCCAACGACCUGUCCCUCCAACAGGCUUUCUCUGACUAUCAGAUCCAGCAGAUGACCGCCAACUUUGUGGAUCAGUUCGGCUUCAACGACGAGGAGUUCAGCGAACACGACGACAAUAUCAACGCCACCUUUGACAGAAUUGCCGAAAUAAACUUCAAUUUAGAUUCGGACGAUAACAGUGCCAACGCAGCCGCUUUCGAGGCCUGCUGCAAAGAGCGGAUACAUCAGUUUGACGACGCCGAUGAGGAAGAGGACAUUUGGGAGGAAAAGGAGAUCAACUAUGCAACACAAGCGAAAUCCAGAACAAGGUUCGGUGUGUCCCAAACAUCAGAAGGAAGCUCCCGGAGCAGCUUGGAAAACGGCGGACAGGAGCAAGACUGCGGCUCGGAAUCCGACGAGGAGGAAGACUUUGAGCAGAACACGUCGGACGCGGGUCCAGGCUGGACGGCAAAUUUCAGGGACUCCGACAGGAUGGCGGCAUCCCAGACUCCAUCAGGGUGGGACGCGCUUCCCGCCGGCGGCGGCGGCAACGAGAACCAGGAAACGGGCUGGGCCAAUUUCACGGCGUUCCAGCCGUUCUCCAGCACAGAGACGGAGCCCCGGUGCAGCUCCCCCGUGGAUGUCGGCGGCAGCGACGCGGACAAACAAGCCAAACAAAACCACGAGAAGGGCGGAGCAGACGCCGUCGCCGCUCCCUGCGUGGGGCCUUCGGGGGACAUGACGCUGGCUCCUCCCACCGCCUCGGACGGCGGCUCGCCCGGAGGCUCCGACGGCGAGGAAGUCCCCUCCGCUAUCGUCUCGAAAGCAGCAGCAGCAGCAGGCAGCAAGACAGCCGACCUCACAAGCGAGGAGUGUCCCGUGUCCCUGGAGAAACUCUCUCUGUCAGAUCCUCCGGAAGCCUCAGAGCAGCAACCGCCUCCCGAGGAAUCGCCCGUAACCCCACAGACUGACAGGAAAGAGGAGACGCAAGCGCCCCAAGAAGUGGCCGUCAACGGGCCGGUGUGAGCGCAAGGCGGGGGGAGUGGCCAGGGGGAUCCCGACAGCCAGCUGUAAGCCUCCUCGCAGAGUGACUCCUUUCAAAAUAAACCUCAGUGCGACUCCACAGUGUUUUUACUGAAUCACUCUGCCAUGUUAUUGGACCCUGGACACUGCCAAUCGACACCAGUAACAAGGUGGCGGAAUAUGUACAAUAUAUAUAUGUAUACAUAUAUAUAUAUAUAUAUAUAUGUAUAUAUAUAUAUGUAUGUAUAUAUAUAUAUGUAUAUAUAUGAACAGAAAAAGGAGGACAAAAACAGAACAGCGUGUAGAUCUUCAAAGCCUUUUUUUUCUCCCUCUUGUUGCACAUGAAUACGUGCGGUUUUAAUGUAGCAGCAAUCUUUGAGGGGGGUAACAUCAUCAUCGUCAUGAUCGUGUUUUUUUUUUUUUUAUGUCCGAAACGAUUUCCCACUUUCUGGUUGAACCUGACAGUUUUGGCUUUUCCAUUGCUGCACCGUGUUGGGAUAGCGCAGGCUACUUUUUUUUUUUUUAAUGCGUCUCAAUAACAAUAACUUUCUUUCUUUUUUUCUGUUUUUUGUUUUUGACAAAGCACUUGUUCAGCCAUUUCCUGUCUGAUCUAGCACAGUAUCAGUGUUCCACCUUCGGCUCUUGCAGGCUUCUGUAUCUUUCCACUCGAUCGCAUUUUGGUUCCUCUCUCUUCCUGGAUUUGUUUCCCCCCCCCUCACCCAAAGGUUUUUAUUUUUUGCCGCGGGGGGGAGGGGUUGUUUUGGUUGCCGUUAAAAGAACCUUCUUCACCAGGUGUCUGAAUGUGUCACGUCGGAUGGGGGGGGGGGUCAGUGAACAGAGCUGUAAUAGUAUUACUGUCUUUUAGCUCAUGUGCAAUAACGUCAAUUAGUCCCUGUUUUUUUGUUUGUUUUUUGUUUUUUUUUAUUUAAAUUCAAAUUAUUUUAAGAGAUAAAAUCAAUCUAGGAGUCAUUUUGGUGUAGUUUUGCUUCAAUUGAAUUAUUUUUAAUUUUAUUUAGUGCAUGUGUCAGCGACCUCUAAUGAGCUCAGACCUUCUGAUUGUAUUGAUGUUAACCUCCUCCUCCCUCUUUUCUUUUUUUUUUUUUUUCUUUCAACCAAACGUGCUCUACCUAAUCUCACAAUUGCUAAUCUACAUUAACAGCUCAUUUUCCAAGCAAUCUUAAAUACGGUGGUCGUCUUGUUUCUCUCUCUCUCUCUCUCUCUCUCUUUCUCCACUAAGUCCGGGCCGGAUAUAAGUGGCAUCUGGAAGGAGUGACGCUGUUUUGUUUUCCUUUUUUGUUUCUUUUAAUUUUGUUUUUUUCUAAUGUUUAAUUUUAUUUGAUCUCCAAGCUGCAGGAUAGAGGAAAAAAAUAAAAAAAGAGGGCGGGUGCUGGGUUCAAGCAGAGCUCCGGGCCUCUUUGGUGUACUUAAAAAAAAAAAAAUCACUUGACAGCGAUCAGGUUUUAUGAUUCAUUGUUCAAACAAAUUAAAAGUGUCUGCUUGACCACGUUAAUACCAAAGC